GCCUCGCGCCCAUUGGACUCGGAAAUACUUCAAGGCGGUUAAAAAAAAGACAUCACACAUAACACCGGCACCGCGUUUACAUAUUGAACUGCUAUCGCCUGCGUCGGUGGGAUUUUACAUGCACGUCUGCGGCGCUUAACCCGUGAGCCACCUCGCCAUGGACUUCAACAUGAAGAAGUUAGCGUCUGACGCUGGCACGUUCUUCACCCGCGCCGUUCAGUUUACGGAGGAGAAGCUCGGUGGGGCGGAGCGCACCGAGCUCGACGCGCACUUUGAGAACCUGAUGACGCGAGCGGACAGCACCAAGAACUGGACGGAGAAGAUCAUGCGGCAGACGGAGGUGGUUCUGCAGCCCAACCCAACGGCACGGGUGGAGGAGUUCGUGUACGAGAAGCUGGAGAAGAAGGGGCCUGCCCGACAACGCACGGUGGAGCUGCUGGGCCAGUACAUGACCGAUGCUGGCAAUGACUUUGGUGCAGGAACCCCCUAUGGCGGAGCCCUCAUCAAGGUCGGUGAGUCGCAGAAGCUGUUGGGCCUGGCCGAGAAGGAGUUUGUGCAGGCGUCCACCAUCAACUUCCUCACCCCUCUGCGCAACUUCCUGGAGGGUGACUACAAGGCAAUGGCGAAAGAGCGCAAGUUGCUCCAGAACAAACGCUUGGAUCUGGACGCAUCGAAAACAAGGCUGAGGAAAGCCAAGGCUGCCGAGGCCAGAGCGAGCGAUGAGCCAGACAUUCGAGAGACUAGGCCUCGCAAUGUUGUGUUCUGGGCCAGUAUGGCAGGGCUCGCAACGGGCACAGAGGAAGGAGAUAAAGCCCUGGCGAUGUGGACAAAGGAGGUCUCCAAAGGUGAGCAGGAGGUGCGUGUGGCUCAGGCGGAGUUUGACAGGCAGGCCGAGAUCACACGGCUUCUCCUGGAGGGGAUCAGCACCACACACGCGAAUCACCUUAGAUGUCUCAACGAGUUCGUGGAGGCCCAGAUGACGUACUAUGCCCAGUGCUACCAGUACAUGGUGGACCUACAGAAGCAAAUGGGAAGUUUCCCGACGACGUUCCUGCCCAGCGGCAGCGCGCCACUGCCGCCCGUCACGGUGCCGAUCCCGGCCGCCCCGGCUGGCGCGUCGUCGCAGCUCACGGCGGCCGAGCCGCAGCCGGCGAGCGGAACGCGGCGCGCCCGCGUCCUCUACGACUACGACGCCGGCGACAGCAGCGAGCUCUCGCUGCUCGCGGACGAGGUGAUCACGGUGUACAGCGUUCCUGGGCUGUGUUCCGACUGGCUCAUGAGCGAGCGUGGGAUACAGAAGGGCAAGGUGCCUGUGGCUUACCUCGAGCUACUCAAGUGAAGCGGAAAAACGCUCGCCACGAAGCACGGCACCUCUCGCAAGCACGCAAUGAGCACACGCCCCAGUCGCCGUCACCGUCGCACUGCCUGCUGACGUUGGCGAGGUGACACCUCCGCAGUUUGCUUACGCGCAGCGCAGGUGGCAGUUGUGAUUACCGUUGCCGCGUUUUUUUUAUAUGUAAUUUUUUCCUCUCUUUUCAUUUCAAAGUUGCUGCUCUGCAGAUGUGUGCUUGGCUUACUACGGGAAAAGUGCUCAUUGUUCCGAUCGGUGCAAGUGCGGGCGGGAGGGUUAUGAGAUUCUCACAUCCACGCAUUGGUAGGCACGAUUGGCAGACAGUUGAACGCUUGUCUUUUCUCUUUGGGCAACUUUGCCAUUGCUAAUAGCGGACUUUAAAUCCCAUGCUUUGAAUGCACAGGCAUAUAUAUUAUUUUUGCACAUUUAUUAUCCUUAAUAUUCACUUUUACACUUUAAUUUGAAUAAAAUGUAUUUAUAUGCAUGGCCUAACGCAGAGUCCUAAACUAAAUACCAUUAAUUUCCCAAAGCUCUGACUUUGAAUUAUUACGUUUAGUUUCACUUAGGUCUUAAUUACGUGUAACAAUUCCACAGAGGUGCUGUUAUCAUUUACAGGGGAAAUUACUUGCAAUCAUUGCAGGAUACGGUCCAUCUCACCAACCUUAGUGGCUUCCUCUUCUGAGCUAUGUGCCACGUGAUUAUUUCUAGCAGACUCUACCCUCGCAGGUGGCUGUGAGAUUUGAACUGUCCACAUGCUGCAAACUCACUCAAGUGUUAAGAUCUAUUUAGUCAGCCAAUUAGAUAUAUAAUUGCAUUUAGUCUUUUUGAGCUUAAUCAGAUGUAGUAGUUCCACUGUUAUUCUUAUACUACCUGGAUAGUUUAAGAUGAUGCCUCAAUAUGGAUGUGAUAUGGACCAAUUUGGAACUGCUGUACUUUUCAAAUGGAUUAAAUGGACCAAUGAUACUGGCAUGAAUACAUUUAAAAAAAAACUAGUCAAUUAAGAUAGAAUCAGUGAAGAUUAUUAAUUAUAUAAAAUCAUAGAAAAAGCUGCAUAUUUAGCGUGAAAUAAUGUGAUCAUUUCUUAGCAAUGUACUUGUUUACCAGACACUUUGUUUUCCAAUGUAAACUGAAGUAUGCUCAUUUAAGAAAAAUAGGUUUUAAAAAAUAAAGGGAAGAUUUAGAAAUACUGACAGAUAUCUUCACUGACAGUCGAUUUAAAGAGACUGCCAUUACCUUAAACGUACUUUAGAUGUCACGGUGAAAAUGAUACAUAUUUCACGACCUGAUUCCUCCUGGGGAUGGUUUGCCUCGCAUUUGGAUGCUGUGCGCAUUGUUGUGUUUGUUGAGAAAUGCAUUUCUGCAAUCAAAGAUUGAUUGUGUAGAUUUAUUGCACAAGCCUUGUCAUUUUCUCCAACCGUCAUCGGUUUUUAAAGUGUAAUUGUAAUUACGUACUUGUGUUUGAUAUUACGUCUGUAUUUUUGUUUGAGUACUUGUUUGACAAAAAAAAAAACAUGUUGUCACUUUCUGAAUGUUCAAAUGUAAAAAAGCAAGCACUGCCCAAAACCGAGACGAAGAUAAAUUGUACCAAUAGGCACUCCGACAUCAUUGUUCAUUUCCGUUCCUUUGCUGAGCUUGAACUAUAAUUAGUUAACGUGGGGAAAUGUCAGCGGGAGUAAUGGAGUGGCUAUGAUAGGAUAUAUUUAAAAAAAAAGUGUCUCUUCUCCGUUAAGUUACCAUUCACUCUAUAAGGGAGGAAACUGGAAUUGUAAAAAAGAAACCAUUGCCCGUUAACAAACAAUGCAACAAAAAACAACGGCAAUGAUGCACAGGAGGGUUGUUGGAUUUCCUUUUGUUGAUGGGACAGGAGGUUCGCGAGCCGACGUGGAGUUGAGAAGUCUCCAAAGUAACAUUUACUUCAAACAUCCUUCGGCAUCUAUCGUCCUUCGUCUGUGAAAAAUUUCGGUCUUUGCUGUUGCCAGUCGCUUUUGGUGAUGGAAAGAUAAAAGCAGAAUUUAACAAAAUAAAGCUCUCCCCCCAAGGUAUUUCAUAAUUAACAUAUCUUCUUCUGUAGGUGACGCAUGGUCAUAUAAAGUGCCUGACAACUUAAUGAUUUAUUUUUCAUGACCUUUCUAAGCCAUAACAUGGAAAAAAGAUCUCCCUCAUAAAAAAA